UAUAAGCACUUUGGGUGCCGCUGUCCAAACGCAUAUCCGCGGGCACAGCAGUGAAGAUGCGCGCGCCGGUCGGUCCCGUGUGUGUCGCCACACUCCUCAUAAUCCCUGUCGCUCUGGUACUUUGUCGUCAAGAAGACACAGGAUAUUACGUCGAAGAUGGCUACCAUGACGACGCCAUUGACGUGUUCGAUAUAACCGCAGCAUGCCCAACGGACAGACUACUGCGUUCUCGAGAGACAUGUCGUGUAGAGGGGGCAGAUGUCCAGUGUAUCAGGAUACACUGCUGCGAAGACUACAACUAUAUUGCUGGACGCUGCAUACCAAAAACAGUAGAAGCCUGCAGUCUGCGUCUAUGCGAGCAAGCGUGCGAGGUCCGAGAUCAGCGGCUCUGGUGCUACUGCCACCCGGGCUUCAGAUUCGACGAGGAGAGCUAUAGGAGGAAAACACAACCUUAUUGUGUUGAUAUAGAUGAAUGCACCAACGGCAAUGGUGGUUGCGAACAGCGCUGUGUGAACGAUCCAGGUGGCUUCCACUGUGAGUGCAGCCCGCCACUCACCGUCGCGGGCGAUGGAAGGAAGUGCAUACCGCCUGUGGCCAUUACGUUGCCGGAGCCUUUACCCCUGAUACGCGCUUCGUCCCGAUGUUACGCAACAUGCGACACGGUGUCGUGGCUCUCAAGGAAAGUGAAACAGCUCAGUGACCAGUUACAUACCACGCAAGUUGCCAUGAAGAAGUUGUUGGAAAACCCGCUGUUGAAAGGAGAAGGUGGAGAUCGUUUUGCGGAAGGUAACUACGCAUACCGAGUUUUGGAUUCCACGGCGCCUUUAGAAGGUGGUUACUGUAGAUGUGAAAGGGGUCCAAGGGGUCCUCCCGGUCCAGCAGGCAUGGAAGGGCCUAAGGGUGAUACAGGAGCCCGCGGGCCGAGGGGCGCGAAAGGGCCCAAAGGCUCGCUGGAUCUCAUGCUGCUGUUGUUGGCAGACAUCCGACACGACAUACACAACUUAGAGGAAAAGGUCUACAAGGAAGGAGAAAGACCGGAGCGUUUCAACCUGCAAAAAGCGUGGCGUCGCCAACGCAAGCAGGAAAAACUGGAGAAGGAGAACAGAACCGAUCAAGAGCUUGAGGCGUACACCGCUCCACCUAUCAUUGGUGAAGGACCCGUUCAGAUUUCUCCUCGUGGACUAAGCGGUGCAGUGACCCGGGAAACAGAGACGACGACAGAUUGGACUCUAGUCAAAGGCGACACCUACGACAGCACUGACUCCCAGGAUCUCGCGGACAUGGACGAGAAACUCCACCAGUUCCGCCUUCUGGUCAACGCGACCAGGUCUGAUGACGAUGAAGAUGAAGCAGAUGAUGAAGACGAUGAUGAUUAUAGCUUUUAUUAGGAUUACAAUAUAAUUUAUUA